AUGUCUCAGUUCCCCUGGCUCCUCGCUCGGUGGCCCUCCUCAGCUUUCUCCCUGCUGCUUCUCAGUGUAGUGGGCAGACAGAUGGGACUGGAGGUGGUUCAGGCGAUAGUGUGCUCCCGAUUAGAUCCAGAGGUAUUACAAAAUGUGUAUGCCAUGGCAUUUGCGGUGGAGGAAAUCAAUCGUAACAACACCCUGCUACCAGGAGUGAAGCUGGGCUACCGCAUAUUUGAUAGCUGUGUCCGAUACCCCUGGGCUCUGCAAGCUGCAUUGUCGCUGAUUGCAGGAGACGAACACAGCUGCGGUCAACCUGUUCCUUUGCUCAUUGGUGAUGCCGCAUCAACAACGACCAUAUUUCUGUCCAGGAUCCUAGGGCCUCUCUCUGUGCCAUUUAUCAGCUACUUGUCAAGCUGCCCCUGUCUAAGUGACAAGAUUAAGUUUCCUAACAUCUUCAGAACAAUCCCCAGUGAUAUUUUCCAAGCCCAGGCCAUGGCACAGCUGGCCAUACGCUUCUGCUGGACUUGGAUGGGAGCGGUGGUUGUCAACAAUGAUUAUGGUCUUUUGGCAAUACAGGCAUUUCAGGAAGGGACUCAUGGGAAAGGGGUGUGUUUGGAAUUCAUAGAGACACUCCGCAAAGAAACUAUUGAGAGUGAUGCCAGACGUGUAGCCCUCACAAUUCAAGCUUCGACUGCGAGGGUGAUUCUGAUCUUUUGCUGGUAUACAGAAGUAAAGAAAGUAUUCCUGGAACUGGCCAAGAUAAAUGUGACGGACAGACAGUUUCUGGCAAGUGAGGCUUGGAGCACCAAUAAUGAUCUUCUCCGAAAUCUUGCCAUCUCUAAAGUGGCAAGUGGUGUUCUCGGUGUGGCCAUUCGAAGUUCAACCAUACCCGGAUUUGAAAAUUAUCUCAGACGUUUGCACCCAAUUCGUAAUCCUGAAGAUGACUUCUUACAUGAAUUCUGGGAAAAUGAGUUUGGAUGCAGUCCUGGAGCGUCCUUUCAGAAAGCUUCUCUAUCACCCUGCAGUGGCACAGAGUCCCUGGAGGGACUGCAUAAUCCCAUCACUGAUACCUCUCAGUUAAGGGUGACAUAUAAUGUCUACCUUGCUGUUUAUGCUGCAGCCCACGCCCUUCACAGCCUUCUCUCCUGCCCCGACACAGACAGCUCACACGGAAACAACAGACCCACCUGCUCUUCUCCAAAAAACAUAAAAUCCAUAGAGCUGUUGCAGCACUUGAACAACCUGCAUUUCACAACGCCAAAGGGGGAAAUGUUUUACUUUCAAGGUGGUGACGCUCCAGCAAAGUAUGACCUUGUCAACUGGCAGAACACCCCUGAGGGGUCACUCAAACUUGUUUUGAUUGGGCGUGUGGACGGGUUUGACCUCCACCUCAACCAGUCAGCUAUUCAGUGGAGCACCGGAUCCAAUCAGGUGCCUACUUCAGUGUGCAGUGAGAGCUGCCCCCCAGGCACCCGAGUCGCCAACAGGAAAGGAGAACCUCUCUGCUGCUUUGACUGUAUCCCAUGUGCUGAUGGGGAGAUUAGCAAUCAACAUGGUUCCCUUCACUGUGAGCGUUGUCCAUUAGAGUUUUGGUCCAAUGCUAAACGAACUGCCUGCAUCCCUCGCCAGCUGGACUUCCUUUCCUUUAAUGAAACUUUGGGCAUUACUCUGUCUACAGCAGCUGUGUCUGGUACUGUGGUGACAACAGCUGUAUUUUUGGUUUUUCUUUACUACCGUCAAACACCUAUGGUACGAGCCAACAAUUCAGAACUGAGCUUCCUGCUUCUCCUGUCCCUGAAGCUCUGCUUCCUGUGCUCACUGGUGUUCAUUGGUCGUCCAUCAGUCUGGGCUUGUCGGUUCCAGCAGGCAGCUUUUGGGAUCAGCUUUGUACUUUGUGUUUCCUGUCUCCUGGUCAAAACCAUAGUAGUUCUGGCAGCUUUCCGCUCAGCUCGGCCUGGUGCUGAAGCCUUGAUGAAGUGGUUUGGUCCAGGCCAACAGAGAGGAAGUGUUUGCCUCUUUACAUCUAUACAGGUUAUCAUUUGUGCCACAUGGCUGUCCCUCAGCCCCCCUGUGCCUCAACGUGAUCUGGGUUUUCAGGGGUCAAAGGUCACCCUGGAGUGCGCUAUGGCCUCUGUGGUGGGCUUCUCUCUGGUUCUAGGUUACAUUGGUUUGUUGGCCUGCACCUGCCUUCUCUUGGCCUUUCUUGCUCGGAAACUCCCUGACAACUUCAAUGAGGCCAAACUGAUCACCUUCAGCAUGCUGAUAUUCUGUGCUGUCUGGGUGGCCUUUAUCCCUGCUUAUGUUAGCUCUCCUGGGAAAUACACUGUUGCUGUGGAGGUUUUUGCAAUCCUGGCCUCUAGCUAUGGUUUAUUGCUCUGCAUUUUUGCCCCGAAAUGUUUCAUCAUUCUCUUGAGGCCUAAGAAAAACACUAAGAAACAUCUGAUGGCCAGGCUCUUCACUCUGUGGCCCUCCUCAGCCCCAUCCCUGCUCCUUGUGGGGCUUGUGGGCAGACAGCUGGGGCUCAGGGUGGGGUUACAGGUGGUUCAGACAGUGUCUUGUUCUCGUUGGGGUACACCCAGCAACCAGGGUCUGUUUCAGGAUGGAGAUGUAGUUAUUGGUGGGCUCUUUAAUGUUCAUUCCAAGCCCCCAGCUAUAGACAAUGACUUCACUCAGCUGCCUCACUUCAAGCCUUGCACUGGUUUGGAAAAUCUUCCAUUACAGUAUAUUUAUGCUAUGGUGUUUGCGCUGGAGGAAAUCAAUCACAGUACAACCUUGCUGCCAGGGGUGAAGCUGGGCUACUAUAUUCGUGAUAGCUGUGGCAUACCCCUGUGGGCUAUGCAGGGGGCACUGUCACUUGUUGGAGGAGACAGCGCCAGCUGUGAUCAGCCUGUUCCUUUGAUCAUUGGUGGUUCCUCAUCCGAAGAAGCCAAGAUACUCUCCAGAUCCCUGGGGCCACUCUCUGUACCUUUAGUAAGCUACACAGCAAGCUGUCCCUGUCUGAGUGACCGGCACCAGUAUCCUAACUUCUUCAGGACCAUGCCCAGUGAUAUUUACCAAGCCUGGGCCAUUGCCCAGCUUGCCAUACGAUUCAAUUGGACCUGGAUUGGGGCUGUGGUAGUAAACAACGAUUAUGGCCAUGUGGCAAUAAAGUUAUUUCAGGAGGAGACUCAGGAGGCAGGGGUAUGUCUGGCAUUUGUAGAGACUCUCCAAAGGGAAAACAUUGUGAGUGAUGCCAGACGAGCAGCCCUCACAAUUCAGGCGUCGACUGCAAAAGUGAUUCUGAUCUUUAACUGGUACACAGAUGUGAGGGAACUGUUCCUGCAACUCUCCAAGAUAAAUGUGACUGACAAACAGUUUGUGGCCAGUGAGGCGUGGAGCACAAGUGGUGAUCUUCUCCAAGAUCCUGUCACUUCUGUAGUGGCAAGGGGUGUGCUUGGUGUGGCCAUUCGAAGUAGAGCUAUACCUGGAUUUGAAAAUUAUAUCAGAAGUUUGAACCCAUCUCGUCAUCUCGACAAUACGUUCUUAAGAGAAUUCUGGGAAAAGAUGUUUAGUUGUAGUCCUGGGGCCACACAAUUCUCCACAUAUGCCUCUUCACUACUGUCUCAGUCAGACAGGUUGCUUCAAAAAGCUUCUCAACCACCCUGCAGUGGCACAGAGUCCCUGGAGGGAGUGCAGAAUCACUUCACUGAUACCUCUCAGCUCAGGGUGACAUAUAAUGUCUACCUUGCUGUUUAUGCUGCAGCCCACGCCCUUCACAGCCUUCUCUGCCCCGUCAGAAACAGCUCACCUGGAAACAACAGCCCAACCUGCUCUUCUCUAAAACACAUCAAACCCAUAGAGCUGUUGCAGCACUUAAACAACGUGAACUUCACAACGCCACAGGGUGAAAUGUUUUAUUUCCAAGACGACAACACUCCAGCAAAGUACGACCUUCUCAACUGGCAGAACACCCCUGAGGGGUCACUCAAACUUGUUGUGAUUGGUCGUGUGGACGGGUUUGACCUCCACCUAAACGAGUCAGCUAUUCAGUGGAGCACUGGAUCCAAUCAGGUGCCUACUUCAGUGUGCAGUGAGAGCUGCCCCCCAGGCACCCGAGAGGCCAGCAGGAAAGGUGAACCUCUCUGCUGCUUUGACUGUAUCCCAUGUGCUGAUGGGGAGAUUAGCAAUCAAACUGGUUCCCUUCACUGUGAGCGUUGUCCAUUAGAGUUUUGGUCCAAUGCUAAACGAACUGCCUGCAUCCCUCGCCAGCUGGACUUCCUUUCCUUUAAUGAAACUUUGGGCAUUGCCCUGACUACAGCAGCUGUGUCUGGUACUGUGGUGACAACAGCUGUAUUUGUAGUUUUUCUUUACUAUCGUCAAACACCUAUGGUACGAGCCAACAAUUCAGAACUGAGCUUCCUGCUUCUCCUGUCCCUGAAGCUCUGCUUCCUGUGCUCACUGGUGUUCAUUGGUCGUCCAUCAGUCUGGGCUUGUCGGUUCCAGCAGGCAGCUUUUGGGAUCAGCUUUGUACUUUGUGUUUCCUGCCUCCAAGUGAAGACCAUAGUAGUUUUGGCAGCUUUCCGCUCAGCUCGGCCUGGUGCUGAAACCUUGAUGAAGUGGUUUGGUCCAGGCCAACAGAGAGGAAGUGUUUGCCUCUUUUCCUGUUUACAGGUUUUCAUUUGUCUUAUUUGGCUAUCGCUCAGCCCCCCUAUGCCUCAAGCUGACUUGGAUAUCCCAGGGUUAAAGGUCACCCUCAAGUGUGCCAUGUCCUCUGUGGUGGGCUUCUCUCUGGUUCUGGGUUACAUUGGCCUGCUGGCCUGCACCAGUCUCCUUUUGGCCUUUCUUGCUCGGAAACUCCCUGACAACUUCAAUGAGGCCAAACUGAUCACCUUCAGCAUGCUGAUAUUCUGUGCUGUUUGGAUAGCUUUUGUUCCUGCUUAUGUUAGCUCUCCUGGAAAAUAUGCUGUUGCUGUGGAGAUUUUUGCAAUUCUCGCCUCUAGCUAUGGUUUACUUUUCUGUAUCUUUGCUCCAAAGUGUUUCAUCAUUCUUUUGAGGCCAGAUAAAAAUACUAGGAAACACCUGAUGGCCAGGUAGCGGAGAAUAUUAACAAUGCACCUAAUUCAUUAUUUCCUUAUCAAUCU